GCGUGUGUGUGUGUGUGUGUGUGUGUAUGUAUGUAUGCAUGGAAACUUUUGGAAUUAGGGUGUGAACUUUUUUUUUUUGGUAACAUGUGAAAACAUUUUUCAAACUUCAGUAUCAGUGAAUAUAAAAGGUUUUAAAAAACAUGUAAUUUAGUCUGACAAGUAUCUUGAAUAUUUGAUGGUGUUAAAGAAUUAAUGUGUCUUUGUUAUUUCAUCAUGUUUCUAUGUCCUCGAAAGAUAUUUUUUUUCUUCAUAUCAACAGUUUAAUGUCAGCCACCAAGAUGACUCCAGAAAAUUCCAGCACCGUCACAGAGUUGGUCCUUAUUGGUUUUUCCAAUCAUCCCCAGGCUGAGAUUCCUCUCUUCUUCCUCUUCUCUCUGAUUUAUCUGAUGAAUCUCUUUGGGAACACAGCAAUUUUUGUUUUGGUGGUAAUUGAUUCCUGUCUUCAGACACCCAUGUAUUUUUUCCUCUGUCACUUGGCCUUUCUCAACAUAUUUUAUACCACAGCUGUGGUCCCCAAAAUGCUCCUCAACCUUCUGGCUUCUAAGAAAGUCAUUUCUUAUGACCUUUGUCUUGCCCAGACCUAUAUCUCCCUGCUAAUGGGAGCAGCUGAGUGCAUUAUUUUGGCAGUCAUGGCUCUGGACCGUUACACAGCCAUUUGUUACCCCCUGCGAUACUUGCUUAUCAUGAACUGGUCUCUGUGUGUGCAGCUGUCUGCAGGAGCCUGGACCAUCAGCUUUUUUGUUUCAGUGGUGCCCCUCUACUUUACCAUAGUUCCCAUCUGUGGCCCUUAUAUCAUCGACCACAUUUUUUGUGAAGUACCUGUUUUUCUUCAUAUGAUUUGUAAUGAUACAUCCCUACAGGAGAUCGUCAUGGUAAUAGGAGCAUCCGGCACCCUCUUGCUUCCUUUCCUCCUUAUUGUCCUCUCCUACCUAAGAAUCCUAGUUGCAGUGAUAAGGAUGCAUUCGGCUGAGGGAAGGAAAAAAGCUUUUUCUACCUGCAGCUCCCACCUGACUGUGGUGACCAUUUAUUAUGGGACAGGGAUGUUCAUGUACAUGAGGCCUAAAUCCGUAUAUUCAGCUGAAGGUGAUAAAUUAAUUUCCUUGUUCUAUGCAGUCAUCAACCCUGCUUUGAACCCUCUAAUCUAUAGCCUGAGAAACAAGGAGGUACAAGGAGCUAUGCAGAGAGCCUUGGAAAGAUGGAAAGUGUUCCAAAGGCAAAAUAUACUACCUUGAGAUACCAAAAGAGAAAAUUUGCAUACCGUAAUGAACCGUUCAAUGCUAGUGAUAAAAAUAACUAAAUUAGUUGCAAAACAUGUUACUCUAUGACAAUAUUAUUACAUCAUUCUCCUCUCAUAGGACUCUAUUCUGAUCCACCUAAUGUUAAUUGAUUCUACCUUUUGUAUUAAAUAAAAC